UACGUGUAAGGCAGGUUAGAUUUGAAAGACCACAGCGGCGCUGGCUUGUUAAGUGCAGCGUGUGCGAUAUACGAAUGCAACAGUAAUGCAAAACAGCUUGGCUUAUGCUGCUGCACUGAUAAGGAGACACAUGGAACUCAUCGAGCGUUGAUUUAAAAGAAAAAAAAAAAAAAAAAACAGGGCAGGAUUGUAUAAAACAGAGAGGAAAAAAAAAAAACAUAACGGGAGUAUCUUUCUGGAAGGAAACUUAAAAAAACAGGGCUGUUGAAAAUUAAGAACAAAAAUGAUGCGGGCGUUCUCCUUUCCUAUGAGCCUGGAACGCAUCAGGAAUAAGGAGAGGCUGGAAGCGAGUCUGGCCGGACUGUGCGAGCUAAAUUUUCUGAAACAGAGGCAGGAAUACCUGGUCUACAGCGCGCUCCGAAUCGGGCUCCAGGGCAGUAAGGAAGCCGACCCCCGGGCGCAGCCAGACGAACUCUCCACUCGGAGCCAGGAGGAUUUCACUUUGAGGCAGCAACUGAAUGGGCUGGUGUCAGAGCUGGAGCAGCAGGUGGGGGAGCUCCAUGUGCACGGCAGCCCUCUCCUCACGGACCCCUCCUCCGAGCUGGGAGACAGCCGGCCAAGCUCAGGUUUUUACGAGUUGAGUGAGAGUCUGUCCCCCAUUGGCCAAUCAGAUUCUUCCGUUUUCGGGGACUUCCCGCCUGGCUACUCAAGGAUGCGGGGGCUGGCCGAAGCCCGCAUGAAUUACGCUAACGAGCGGCCCAAGUCUGUAGGUGACCUCUUCCUGAUGGAUCAAGAGUGUCUGGGCCUUCACUCCGACAGCAGCCCCAUCUCGCUGGUCCCUCGCUCUUUCUCCUCCCCCUACCCAAACUCCCUUGAUGGUACAGCCGAGGGGCGCUACCCCUGGGACUCUCCCUACUCCUUCCCCGGGCCUAGCCAGAUGGGUUCCUGCUACUCUGAGCAGCCCUACCAAGACUCCGGCGAGCAGCCCAGCGCUGGAGACUUUCAGCAAGCACACCGCGUAGAGAGCUAUAUCCUGGGGCUGCUUCAGAGGAGAGCCCUGCCUCCCAGACCCUCCAUACCUCGCACCAGCCUCUCCUCUGAGCCUCCCAAGGGCCUGGCCAGGCAGAGCAGCCUCUGUUGCAGGCAGGCGGAGUCCGGAGAGAGCAGGUACACCCAGGGAGGGAGUGUAAAUCCCUCCCAAGGCUUCGAGGGCAAGGCCAGGCCAUUGUGGGCAAGCCAGGGGAUGGAACAGGUGGAGAGCUACCAGGAAGAGGCCUUGUCCCUGCUGUACCAGAGGCAGCCCAUCAGACCAACCUCCCUGGAGUACCGCCACCAGGAUCAGGCAUCCCUGGAACCAAGCCUGGGAGCAGGGAGUGAGCCGGAAUACCAGGAGGAGCUGGAAGAACAAGAAUACCCCCAGUCCCCGGGCUCGGCCUUCCAGUACUGCGAGGCUUACCAGGAAUACCGAGGGCAGAGGUCGCCCCUGGCUGACGAGGAGAUGGUGAGCGCUCAGUACAUCCCAGCCCAGCAGUCCAGCCGGAGCUCGGGGGCACACAGCUACCAGAGACAGCUCAUCAAGCAAGCCUCCUUCGGGGGCCGGAGCCGCGGAGAGUCGCCCCGUUCCCCAGAGAGGUUCCCUUUCCAGCACCCCAGCAGGGCUAAGACGACACCCAAGAAGUGUCGCUUCACUGAGGACGGAGGGCCCAGAUCUGGGGCAAAGAAAUCAGGUAAGAAGGCCUGCAGGUCCCAGUCUGAGAACAGCCUAAUGGGGCAGCGAGGCGCCCUGGAGCGGAGGUACAACACAGUGGAGAGGGAGGAGGGGUACGGACGGGGUGCCCAGCAGCAGCAGCAGCAGCAGCAGCAGCAGAGGCCCAAGCGAGUGAGUGGGAGUGGAGGCAGCAGUGGCAGCAGUGGAGGGGGUUACCGGAAGUGGAGGUCCACUCUAGAGAUCAGCCAGGAUGAGGAUGAAUCUCACUAUCAGAGACGCUCCCGGAAACAACGCCUCCCUCUACUCCCCCUGCCACCUCCCCCCUCCAGACCCCUUUACCAGGCUGAUUUUGGGGAGCCCCUCUCCCCCCCGCGGGCCCCAGUCUGCCUCCCGGAGAAGGACCUGCGAGGCUACGCUGUGCCCAGCCUGGGAGACAGCGAGUCCAGCCUGAGUGAGGAGGCAGACUCCCCGGGGUCCAGCUCGCUCUCCAGCGAUUCGGAUGAGAGCGGGGGGCUGGUUUGGCCCCAGCAGCUGCCUCCCAAGCUGGGGGAGAACCCCUCGUCCUCGUCAUGCUCCUCCCCCUCCUCCUCCACCUGCACCCCGGCAGGAGCCCAGCCCAAAGCUUUUGUGAAGAUCAAGGCGUCUCACGCUCUGAAGAAGAAGAUACUGCGCUUCCGGACAGGAUCGCUCAAAGUCAUGACCACGGUCUGAGGACUGUACAAGGGGCUCUUUGAAAAGGAACCACAAUCUAUCAUCUAGUGCCAAAUCCAUGAGCCACUGGCUUUCGCAAAGUUCAUUAUUGCUGUGCUUAUUCCUAAUAGCAAGGAAAACUAAACAUUUUUUUAAAUCUCUCGUGCAAAUUCCAGUUAAGUUUACCUUAAUAUGAUCGCCAUCAUUUCACAGGUCUGAGAUUUACGUCUAUGAAAAACACGUUCGUUUUGAUAAAGGUGAAUUCGAUUUUUUGAAUGUAGACGAAUAUUUAUACUUUAACGCUAUACUUCUGGUCAACUUAGUCGGCUCUAUUACAGAAAAUAAAUGGCAAACAUUUGAAGAGUUUUCAAGUUAUUUAUUUUUUUCUGAUGAAACGUAUAUAAUUAAAAACAUGUGCACAGGAAGACUGAUCUUGUAUAAAAGUUCAGAAGCAACGCAUGUGUGCUGAAGAGCGCGUAAGAGACAUUUGCCAGUUUUAUUGUUUAGAAAUGCAAUGAAAAAAAUACCAUUCAAAAUCAAAUUCGCGUUUUGAAGUAACGUGCGCACUUUUCCUGUAGGAAGACUUGAGAUCUACGAAGCGAUGGCAAUGCAUAUUAAGCAAGCUUUUAUAGAAAUUUGUUACAACUGAGAUAUUGCUUCAGUAUUGAUGAAAAUUAUAUUUUGACUGUAUUUUCUACCAGCAAUUUGCCUUGUAUUCCCCACUGAAUUAAAUAGGAUCAAAACCAAAAGAGUCUUUUUGUGGAUCUGAGUGAGUCACCUACGACCCAAGAACCACACAGUGACCAGCCCUUGUUUAUAUCCCCUUCGAUCACAACUUUUAAACAGUUUAGGUGAGCUCUAUGUGGUUCGGCAAUGUGCCAGGUCAAAACUUUAAAAAUCAAUCAAAUAUGUAUUAUAAAAUAGAUUCAUAAACGGUGAAACUAACAUGGCACAAGCGACUGAAGGGGAUUUAAAUAAUGCACAGCACAGUAUUCUAUUCCUAAACCACUUCUAGGCUUUUGCUGAAGAAGCCAGUCUUGAACAGUUGGAAACAUCUGCGAUUCCAUUUUUCUUACGUGCUGAGGCUUUGUGAACAAGGGACCUUGCUGUACUGUAUUUCACAUGGUUUGUUAAAAGCCAGUCCUAGUGGUGCAGCAAUGUGAUUCCAGUCAGUGUACUGUCCAAUGGUUACUAGAUCUUCACACAGAGCCUCUCUAUCUAUCUGUGCAGGGUCGCUGGAUUAGCUCUUGGGCUGCAGUGCCCUGUAGGUAUUGCUUUAUGUAUUUGUCUCCACCUUUUUCCUGCAGUCCUGAUGAGACCGAGGUCCUAUUGUAAGCGACUCUGCAGCAGCGGAUGUGAUGCAUAGUUCACCCCUUAGUGUCUGUAAGUCGCUUUGGAUAAAAGCAUCUGAUAAAAGACUAAUUAAUAAUAACUACACCCAGGUAGGAUUCUGUUAUUGAUACACUGGCAUGGUGACCUUUUGUGCUUUUUGAAGAUAACGAUAUGUAAUGCCACUCCCUCUAAAGAUUCUUAAAAAACAGCACCAAAAAUUAUUCAGGUAGAUACAGGUUAAGUUGUGAUGCUAAUGGGGUUAUUUGGUCACACCUUGCCACGAUAAGCCACAGAUGGAUUUUUAGAGCAUUGUACAGCACCAGAGAAUCUUAUAUUUAGUGGUAAUUCUGGGAUAACCACACAGUGCAGGAUGCAAUGGAACUAAUGGAAAACACAUUAGAGACAAUCUCAGUAUCUGUCUAGCAUUUUUUGAGUCCAGGUGUAUUUGAAGGGGUAAUAUGGAGGAUUUUGCAGUCGCUCAGUCUCUUGCAUACAGGGCUGUAAAUAAACCAUCUCAGUAAGUCUGCAAAGACCUCAAAGCUAGAAAUAAGGAGUCAGACUCAAAAAACUGUCAAUUUCAUAUCGAUAUCACUGCUCUGAUAAACUUGGGGAGGGUUUUCUGGGGUCUGCGUUGGGCAUAAUGUGAGAUUUGUGAAAGGGAAAGGUUCAGGAAGUCAAGAAGGUGGAUCACUUUGUGUAGAAGGAAGUCUACAGCUUGAAAGAAUUGUGUAUAAUAUAUAAAACUAUAGACAAGGGAACUUUGGGAAACUGAAUGGUUUUUGGUGUCCCUUCUAUAUUGAAAUGUCAAAACUCGUAUGAAAUGUCUACCAGCAACCGUAUUAUUAUGUAACUGUUGUAUACUUUCCCUAAAUAUCACGCAAUAUGGUUGAAUAUUUAUACUACAGUUUUUAUUGUAGAUUCUGUGUUAUUCUCGACAGUAUUUUGAUAAAGGUAGCUUGUCAUGUAUUUAUUGACUUUGAACAAUGAGGUAAUUUCCUUGUGUUUGUGUGGUGAUGCUACAGCUUUGUAUAUACAUGUAAAUAACCUGUGUCUUAUUGU